UGCUCUCAGCUAUCGGCCUGUGACCACCGUCCAUUCACAGGGAGUGAUGUCGUCCUUGACCCUGUUUGCCGCGCUGCUACUGGCGGCCGCGGUGACCUUCAGUGACCUUCAGUUGACCUCUGCGACCGCUGGCCACUCGGAGGUCGAGCUGCUCGGGUCCGGAUUGGUCGAGAAGCGCGCCCUGCACCUCUGCGGCGGGGAGCUGGUGAACGCCCUCGUCUCCGUUUGUUACCAGAGGCGGCGGCGGCGCAGCGGUUCCGGUGUGACCCAGAUGAGCAGCUGGCUGGAACUGCCCUCCGAUGACGUCAUCUCCACCUCAGACGUGAUAUCACUGCGGCAGCGCCUGCUGAAGGGCCUGUUCACACCGCACUCUCAGGAGAGGCGGCUGUUCUCCGCCGAUUCGCGGUACAAGCGGGGUGACGGCAUUGUCGAGCAGUGCUGCUUCAGGGGCUGCGAGAUGUCGACCCUCCUGAUGUACUGCUGAGGCGGCCGUACGACUCUUAUGAUAAAUAUCCAGGUAUUCUCAGGCGAACGUUGGUGAUACGAGGCGAUGGUUAUCCGAUAUUAGUUGGCAAAAUGUGUGUGUUUUAUGACCUGAAGUUUCCCACACCUCAUAUCUAGUUUUCUUUUAGAAGUAAGAGCAACGCUGUUUGGUGGAGUAAUUCUAUGAACAUGUUCUGACUUUGCGCAUGUUCUGUAAUCUAUGUCGAUGGUUUGUUACCUAGCCUAGGUAGGUACGGAUAAAAAAUAGAAUAUCUUAUGUGCUUACGUUAGCUUUAUUUUUUAUUGAUUGAUGGUCAAGUCGAAUGUCCUGUGAUAGACGGUAGACGUGAUAUGGGAAUUAUGAUGUGAUAUAGACUCUGCCAUAGACUACUGUAAGAAUACAUAGUUAGCUAAUGACUAUGAAACCUCUGACUCUGCUCAUGGAAAACAUGGCUCAAAGCGACGAAGGCUGGGGCGAGGAGUGCUUUCGAUGUGAUUGGGCCAGUGGGCCAGAUGAGGACGAAUGUGUGCCGGUUUGGCACAAAUACAUUUUCUGCAGCGAAU